CUUGACCGGAGUCGAGAUUGGCUUUCUGCUGCAUAUUGCAGGCAGACACCGGGCUAAUGAAAUAAUUAUUGCACCGGCGAAUAUUAACUUUACGAUGUGAGGACUGCUUCAUGUCAUCCUUACUGGGGCUCAGCAUGGCGCAGGAGGACAAACACAGCCUGGAGGCGAAAUUUGCCGCUGCGGUUAAAGUGAUGCGGAGUUUGCCUGAAGAAGGUCCUUUCCAGCCAUCUGAUGACAUGAUGCUGAUGUUCUAUAGCUACUAUAAGCAGGCCACCUCUGGGCCCUGCAACAUCCCCAGACCAAGUGGCUUCUGGGACACUCAUGGAAAAGCUAAAUGGGAUGCAUGGAGCUCCUUAGGAAAUAUGACAAAGGAGGAAGCCAUGAAGAAUUACAUUGAGGACAUCCAGCUGAUUUUGGAGACCAUCCCCAUCUCAGAUGAAGUGUCCGACCUGGUGCAGAAACUCGGCAACUUCUACACUGAAGUGGACGGAGAAGGAGAAGAAGCUGAAGAAAAUGAAGUGGACAGGAGACCCUUCACCAUGCCUUUUGCAAAACACGCAGAUGAGCUGGUCAAAGCAUUUAAGAAACCAACAAUGGAAGGCUAUGGGGAUUUGUGGGAUGAUAUACAAAACCUUCAAGAUAAUAACAGUACUCAUGGCGUAACUGUCAGUAGUGGGGAGGAGGAGGGAAGUAAAGAAAAUAGUGAAAUGGAGAGAAUAGAGGAAAUGAAUGAUUGGAAGAGAAGCGACGAAGAGGAGAAUGGGGAUGAAGAAGACAAUGCAGAAGAUGAAGACAAGGAGGAAGAAGAGGAGGAAAAAGUCUGGAGUCCUGAUCCAAGGCUGCUGAUGGCGGAGGACAAGAGGUGGAGGUCUGACACCAGAGGGUCCAGCAGCAGCAUGGAGCCCAGCGUGUCCUCCUUCACCAACGGGACACACAGCUCCCUCAACAGCGAGGUGGAGGAGGAGGAACUGGCCUGUUCCAUAGAGCCCACUGUGCCACAUAACCCGUAUAUGCACUUUAAUGGACACCUGAGUGAUCAUAGCAGUGCCAUUCCUGAGAAGAACCACCGAUCCACAGACUCGGAUAAUGAGGAAUUCUGUGACUCAAUGGAGCAUCUGGCCAUGGAUGAGCGAGUGUCUGCAUCAAAAGUUCAGUCACCUGGAUCAGGAGCUGCCUCGGUGAAGCAGAAUGAUCUUUGGUUUGAGAGCAACAGUACCUUGAGUGGAGGAGAGGAUCAAGUGCUAACAAGAGAUUCCUACUUUAAAGAUGGGAUGAGUACAAGCCAGCACAGCAGCUUUUUGUCAAGAAGAGGGAGAGGCUCGCCAAGGGCUAUCUGCGACUCUCAGUGGCACGUCGGUGCGGAUGCUGCCGGCUGUUGCGUGUCACAGAGCAGACGUGCUGUCAGUGUGUCCAGGGGAAAUAUCAACGAGCAAAUAGCUACGGCUCUGCUGAGGCUGCAGCGCGACAUGGCCAGUGUGCUGCACAGGCUGCACACUCUGGAGACGCUCACUGUGUCGCAGUCAAGAUCAUCUUCACCAAGGCAGGAGGACUCCCUACCUGUAGCACGCAAGAUCCUGAGACCAUCCUGGUGGCCUUUUGACUUCUCUCCACUCACAGUGGUUUUGACUGCACUCUGGCCUUUGAUCGCCCAUUGGCUUGCCCAGCUUUACUUGCAGCGGAAGAGAAGGAAAAUCCCCUGAAUUGUCUGACAACCAUCAGCAUCAGUCAAAGAACAUGAAUCUGGGAUGAAAUUGUUACUUGUUCUGCUGCUUUGUGGCUUUUUCAAGUCACCAACACAGACAAUGUAAUGAAACAUCAAUAGUAAUGGAAAGGUUACCUUAGAUAAAUGAAUGGUCAGAAAGGCAUUCAGAGGGAGACUAUGCAGUAUAAUGUAGCAUUUUGACUUCAUGGAUACUGUGUGGAUUUUUUAAAAAAAGGGGAAGGUUAAUGCAUUAUAAAUGCAGGCACAUUUACAUUGUUAUAGUUAGCAUAGCAUUAGGUGGUCUUAUUUAUGAUGUGUCUCAGAUCACAGAGAACUCAGUAUACACAUAGCUCACAUAACUUUUAACUGAAACAAAUUUCUGAUCCUAUAUUAGCUGUCAAUAAGUGAUAAUUGUAUUUUGCCACUGUCAUUACUGUCGUUACUUUAUUUAUUGCACAUUCCGUUGUUUAUUUAGGUCUGUUUCAUAUUUUUUGUCAUUUCUUUCUUGAUAAUAUGGUUAUUUAUGUGUAAAAGUGAAUGUUUAUUUUAUAGCUUGAGUGCAAUAGCAUCAAAUACUGGCCUUUUGCAAAGCCACAUAUCAGACAAUCCAUAUAUCUAUAUAUAAUCAUUCUUGUUUCUUGUCAGCUGUACGGUGGAAAUGGAGAGGAAUGCUCAGUUAAAGCAGGGUUACAGUUCUUUCAAAUAUACAGUUGUAAAACAUCAGUAUAUGAAGCAAAUUUGACAUGCAAUAAAAACAUUCUUGGAACAAA